AUGCGUGUUUCUUCCGUUUUAGCCGUCGCAGCUGGGGUCAGCACUGCAUCUGCGGCUCCGACGCAGGCUGCAGCUGCCGCCCAGAGCUGGGAAUGGGCUGUGACAGAAUGGAGCGCCGGUUACUUCAAAAUCGCCGGCGUUGGGGAUUCCACGUCGAAGCCUGCGACGCCUUCGUUCAAGGCAUACUGCAACGGAGCAGGCGAGGGCGCCGACUACAGCGCUUGCACCAUCCUCGAGGAAGCGGAAACCCCCUAUGCGGUUGUGGCGAAGCUCCUCCCGAGAGCGCCGGCAACCAACGAGUCGACGUCGAACCCCCCCGUGAUCCAAGUGAGCCUGCAGUUUACCGACUUGGAGACGCCGACGACGUGGUGGAACUACACUGGAAAGGCCGAGGCGAGGUACAACCAGUUCGUGGCGCCGGCCAUGAAUUUCACCAUCACCCCCGACACCAUUCACGGUGUUGCCUAA